UGUAAUGCUGUAAAUUAUUUAUUAUGGUAUGGGGUCAUGUUUUCAGAAAAUGUUUUUUUUUUCUAGUUUGGAUGAAAUUCAAGGUAAUCAUUUGAAGACAUCAUGAGUGAAAUAUUCCGUGGAAGAAUAAGAGAGAUUGUGCGUGGGUCAGACUUGGCCCAGCUGUCUUCAAAGAAGAUCAGAGAACAGCUGGAGCAAGAAUUCAAGACGGACUUAUCCAAAAGGAAGAAAGAAAUUGAUGACAUCGUGAUGAGUCUGUUGGUGUCGGAGAGUCAGAACGAAGAAUCUCAGAAUUCAGCAGAUGAUCAUGAUGAAAGUGAUGACGAUAUCCCCACCACGUUAAACUCCCAACAAGAAAAGAGGAAACAGCCCGAUGCAAACACGAGAAACAAGAAAGCAAAGGCCAGGGAUUCUUCAGACGAUGCGGCAGAGACAACCUCAAAAGAUGAGGAGCUAGCUCGGAAACUACAGGGUGAAGACGGCACAAGAACGAGACGAAGACACCUGAAAGGUCCAAAAAAGAAAGACAAAAAGGAGUCUAAGAAGAAAGAAUCCAAGACGUCGACUAAGAAAGACAACAUGUUCCAGAAGGAGAUGGUCUUGUCACAGGAAUUGGCGGAUAUCAUGGGAGUGAAUUCAAUGCCAAGAUCUAAAGUUGUUCAGAGAAUGUGGCAGAUCAUAAAGGAACGCAAUCUCAGUGAUCCAUCAAACAAACAGUUCCAUAUCUGCGAUGAUCAACUCAUGAAGGUUUUUGGGGAAAAAAAGAGUGCGGACUUUCUCCAUGAUGAAGUAUCUCAAGACACACAUCAAGGACCCAGAUCUUCUCACCAAUUCAUAAAAAAAAAUUCAUCUCUUGUGAGUACUCGUGUCAUUUCUCCUCCAUUAAACUUAAAUUCUGGCCAACCUGUAAAAUAGUUAACAGAUUACUGACACAGUUCAAAAAUGUAAAAGUUGGUCAUUCUUUUAUCCAAAUAAUCACCAGACUUUGUUAUCCAGUUUUUAAUUAGUCAAUUUAAUUUGUUGAUCAAACUUUCGGAGAAACAAUGGGCUUUUGUUUAUUGUUUCCAGUUUUCGUUUGUUGUUUAGAUCAAAACACAAGGUCAGUUUUAAGCACAGUGUUAUAUUAAUAUUACAGAGUUUUGUAAGUUGUUAAUCAUUUAAUUCUACUGAAAUAAAAAAAACAGCUGUGAACAUAACAUUUACCUAAAAAGUGGCACUCAAAAAAAGAAAUGGUAUUAAGUAUGAAAGGGCAAAAGUAAUUGGAAUGUAUGAUUAUUUUAAUUUGUUAAAAUGGUUAAAUGACAGGGUCUUCCAAAAUGAGAAAAAAAAAAUGAAAAAUCUGACUUACAAAUUUUCUAAAAGUGUAAAAAGUACAGAACUGACCCCAAAAAACAUUAAAAAAAUUACUUUUCUAAGAAUACAAAUCAGCUGAUUUGGAUUUGCAGCGAUAAAAGCUCUGAUAGCUAAUAAAAAUAAUCAUAACAUUUUCAGAAAAAAAACUACCCGUAGCCUUUACUUGACAAAUUUGCCUGGUUUUGUCAAUAAAAACCAGGUGCUGUAGUGGCUUCUGCUUUGGACAGAACCAUUUAACUAAAAGCCUCCCUGUGUAAAGAGUCAAUAUAUAGCUUUUACGCAAUGAACAUUCCCGAUUGUUUGUUCACUUUUAGAUGCCCCUGUCUAUAGUCUUAUCAACUGGUGACCUUAGAAGCCGGUCGGACGACUGUCUGCCAAAAAGCUUUGUCUGCUCUCCCGUUCUAAGUCCAUCUAUUUGCAUAAAAUGUCCUUGCUCCCCGAUUACCUGCAGACCCCAAUCUUAUUGGGGGAUCAAUUAAACAAUAUUGUCUGGCCAGUGCAAAUUAGUGUGGUCACGUUUCAGGUUUUUAUUCCGACUGAAUAAUUCUCCAGUGGCACAUUCAAAUCAUGAAUAAAUCAUUGCAAGCUGGCACUCAAAUUCACACAA